AUGAGCUUCGCAGGAAAAGGCAAUGAAUCUACAACCGGGGAUGGAAGUAAUGCCGGCCAGCAAGAUGUUGCUUUUACUUUGAAAGCCAUGCAACAACAAUUCGAGAGAUUGGAAGUUGUUUUUGGAGAUAUCCGUGAUAGAAUGGCCCGGCAAGAUCAACGAAUUGAUCAAAUGCAGAGGGAGCAACCCAGGCAGCAUGUGCGAACUCCCAAUGCAAGGAGACUAAUCCGCCAGCCGGCGAAUCCUCAUGAUGAAGAAGAUGAAGAUUAUGAGGAAGAUGAUGAAAUUGCAUCCGUGGGAAGUGUGAGGAGAGCCAGAGGAGUUAGGAAUGAGGGGCGAAGACAUGGUAGGCGAGAUCAAGCAAUUAGAGAUGGAGUAGAUAGGAAUAUUGGGAGUAUUAAAAUGACGAUACCACCUUUUCAAGGGAGGAAUGACCCUGACGCUUUUAUCGAGUGGGAGAGGAAGGUGGAGCUUGUAUUUGAUUGUCAUAAUUACUCGGAAGAGAAAAAAGUGAAGCUUGCAGCGGUGGAAUUCACUGAUUAUGCCAUCGUUUGGUGGGAAAAAUUGGUUAAGGAAAGAAGAAGGAACCAUGAAAGGCCUAUUGAGACCUGGGAGGAGAUGAAGACUUUGCAACAUUAUGUGGAGAUAGAAGAGAUGGUUAGCAUGGCCAUGAAAGUAGAACGGCAACUCAAGAGAGGGAGACCAGCCAAGCAUGAGGGCGGUUCUUAUUCGGGAUCUUCAAAUUGGAAGUCGAAAUGGGGUGCCAGCUCAAGACCAGUAGAGAAACCCAAAUCGAAUGCUGAAAAGAGCAUGAGCAAGAGUCAAGGGGACAACAAGGAGAGAGGUAACUCUACAUCCCAACCUCAAAAGAAUAGAGAUAUCAAAUGUUUUCGGUGUUUGGGGUCUGGGCAUAUUGCUUCUCAAUGUCCAAAUAAAAGGGCAAUGAUCAUGCUGGAUAGUGGGGAAGUUGAAACUGAAGAGGAGGAAAGUGAUUCAAUGCCAACACAAGAUGAUUCUAGUAGUGAUUAUGAAUAUGCUGCUGAGGGGAAUGCCUUAGUAAUCAUGCGAGCACUGAAUGUACAAAUUAAGGAAGAAGAGAGAGAUGAUGUGCAAAGGGAAAAUAUAUUCCACACUAGAUGCCAAGUGAAGGAUCGGGUAUGUAGUUUGAUUAUUGACGGAGGUAGCUGUGUGAAUGUGGCUAGUAAGUUACUUGUUGACAAGUUGGGAUUGCGUACAUUGAAGCAUCCUAGGCCAUAUAAGCUGCAAUGGUUGAAUGAAAGUGGAGAAGUGAAGGUGAACAAGCAAGUUCUGGUUUCCUUUACAAUUGGGAGAUACAAGGAUAAAGUUCUUUGUGAUGUAGUGCCCAUGCAUGCUAGUCAUAUAUUGCUUGGGAGGCCAUGGCAGUUCGAUAGACAGGCAAUACAUGAUGGGUAUAAGAAUCGAUACUCUUUUGUCAAUGAUGGUAGAAAGGUGACACUUGUUCCAUUGACACCUUAUCAGGUGUAUGAGGAUCAGCUCCGAAUCAAGAGAUCAAUUUGUGAGAAAAGUGAUGUAGAAGCUGAGAUUGAAAGAAAAAAAGAGAGUGAGCAAGAGUUUGGAGAUGUCUUUCCCACGGAAUUACCCAAUCGUUUGCCACCAAUAAGGGGAAUUGAGCAUCAAAUCGACUUUGUGCCAGGAGCCGCAAUUCCGAACCGGCCAGCAUAUCCAACUAAUCCGGAGGAGACAAAGGAACUUCAAAGGCAAGUGGACGAGCUUUUAGCUAAAGGGCAUGUGCGUGAGAGCAUGAGUCCUUGUGCGGUCCCGGUGUUGCUGGUGCCAAAGAAAGAUGGUACUUGGCGAAUGUGUGUUGAUUAUCGCGCUGUAAACAAAAUCACGGCAUUGAGACAUGAAAAAUUAUAUGCUAACUUGAAGGUGAAAGCAAUUAAGGAUUGGCCGACGCCGAAAUCCGUAACCGAGGAAAAACGACCGAUUGCCUACUUUAGUGAGAAGCUAAAUGGAGCCGCUUUGAAUUAUUCUACAUAUGACAAGGAACUCUAUGCUUUGGUCCGCGCUUUGGAGACGUGGCAGCACUACUUGUGGUCGAAGGAAUUUGUCAUACACACGGACCACGAAUCAUUGAAGCAUUUGAAAGGGCAAAACAAGCUGAAUUGGAGACAUGCCAAAUGGGUCGAAUUCAUACAGAUGUUUCCAUACGUGAUUCAGUAUAAGCAAGGAAACGAAAAUGUGGUAGCUGAUGCAUUAUCACGGAGUGCAUGUGAAAAGGGUGCACUUGGUAAGUUCUAUAAGCACGAUGAAUUCUUAUUUAGGGAGAAUAAGCUGUGCAUUCCUAAUUCUUCUAUGCGUGAAUUACUUGUGCUUGAGUCGCAUGGGGGAGGUCUUAUGGGUCAUUUCAAGUCAAACCCCUUGGAAUGUUUCGAUUCGAAGACGAAUUCUUUUGAAGAGAGGGAGAAUGAUGAGGAUCAUGGGCAUGAGAAUGAGGAAACUAAGGAUAUUUCAGUUGCCUAG